AGACCACUCCGAAUCGUAAUGUGUAAAUGUAUUUUGCAACCAUUGUCACUGGAAACCUGUGGUCUGAAUUGAAGAGCCUGAAAUGUUGUGCAUGGAGAGGUGGACCAAGAUCCCUCUAUAAUCAUCGCCAACCUUGUGUGACCUUACAGCAGCAUGCUCAUUACACUAAUCUCCCUAGGGGUGGAUUAACUGAAUAUUAAUUGCCAAUAUACAAUCCCCUCUGAAGCUAUUGGAACAGCAAGACCAAUUUGUACACCAAAGGCAUUUGGGUUUGAGAUCAAAAGGUGGAUAUGAGACGAGAAUUUAGGAUUUCAGCUUUUAUUUCCUGGUAUUGCAUAUCCCUUGCUUUCUUCUUUUGUGAUGCUUUUCCAGGCUUUUACUGCCGCCUCUUUCAGUUGUUUGUUUCGGGGGGAAUUGAGUGAAAUGCAUGCUCAAUUGGGUUAAGGUCUGGUGAUCAUCUUGGCCAAUCUCAUUGUCUUACUGUAUGAUAAAGCUUUAUUUGGAUGCAUUCCUUUGUAAGUUGGCAGACAAAAUGUUCAUGUAAACUGAAUUCAUUCUGCUGCUACCAUCAUGAGUUCCAUCAUCAAUAAACAUUAGUGAGCCUGUCCCAGAAGCAGCCAUGCAGGCCCUGGCCAUGACACUACCUCCACCAUGUUUCACAGGGUGCCAAUAAUUCUGGAGUAUGUGAGCUCCUAUUCCGAUAAGAUGUUGAGUUGAUUUUUUAUGCUGAUCUCAGUGACCUGAAGACACGCCUGCCCUGUACUCACAUACCUAUGCAGAAAGAGGAAAUAGGAGGAGAGACAGAUGUUUGAAUGAAGAAGAGAAGCAGAAAGAGAAAGCAUCCAGCAAAAAUAUUAAGAGAAGAGAAGAAGAGUUGAGCAGGGAGAGAAAGGGGGAGCAAAAGAGCUGAAGGGACGGAGCGACAGAGAGAGCGAGAGAGAGAGAGGAGGAGACUGGGGAAGCGACAGAGAGAGGUAAUGAGCACUGAGCUGCAGGAGUAUUAUCCGUCAGCCUCCUGAGCGGCAGAUCUCAUUAAAGGAUGAAGCGACCAUUGAGGCACAGUGUGUGUGGAGCCUAAGGUUCCCUCCGAGGCAUUUUGUGUGUGUGUGUGUGUGUGUGUGUGUGUGUGUGUUUUUCACAGUCCUGUGUCGCUGCUCCUGCUGCAUAGGAUCCUUCACGUGUGUAGACGUUUCUGAUCCCCUGCCAUCCCCCACUUCACGUUGCUACGACAACCAUGGACUGCGGACUGCGUCUACCUCCUGUCAUCGAGGAGGUCAUGGACGUUGCAGAUGAUCUGUGCGAGCUGAAGGCCGAGCUCCCGGGUUUGGGUGGUGGACUGACGGAUAAAGAGCGUGAAUCCCUGGACGACAAUGAAGAGAAGGAGGAGAAGGAGGUGGAAGUGGGGAACGGAGAGAAAGGCCUGGAGGAGGAGAAGGAGGUGAAGGAGGAGAAAGCUAGAGAUGGAGAAAGAGAGGAGAAGCGAGGAGUGGAGGAGGAGGAUGAGCUGGAGGAGCUGAGAGCGCAGGUGGUUCAGCUGCUGUUGGAGCUAGAAGAGGCCAGGGAGGUAUCCCAGAGGCAUGAGGAGAGCUACACUGAGCUGCAGGGCCUUUUGGAGGACGAGCGCUUAGCCAGUGCCAAUCAGGCCGAGAGCUUCACGAGACAGAUCCAAAGGCUUCAAGCCCAGCUGCGCUCUGUGCAGGAGGAGUUGGACAGCCUGGAGGAGGAAAAGGCCAGCGAGCUGUGGGAGGCCCAGGAGGAGCUGCGUGUGGCACAGGAGGAGGUGCAGGAGCUGCAGCAGGCAGCUGAGGAGGCGGCAGCUGAGCGGGAGAAUGACAUCGCUCUCCUGCAGGAGGAGCUGUGCAGGCUGCGGGCAGAGCUGGAGAGACUUCACAACACUACGCAGGAGUAUGAGUUAGAGCUGACUACACUGCACGCUGAGAUCAGCAUGAAGAGACAACGCAGGGAGGAGCAGGAACAAACAGGCACAGAGGGAGAGGUUGGUCAGCUGAAGGAUAAAUGUCUCUCCUUGAUGGAUGAGUGUCAGACUUUGAGAAACGACAACCAGCACCUUGCUGAGAAACUGCAGCUGCUGGAACAGCAGAGAGCCAGAGAAGAGCAGGACGGUAAGAAAGUGGACGAGGAGCAGGCAGCGAAGGCCGAAGUCUACAUGAACAUAUUACAGACGGAACAGAUGACUCAUCAGGUGAACUCGUGUCUCCAGAAGAACUCGAGCGAGAACAAAGCUGUGAAUCCUGAGAAGAGGAUUGAGGAGCUUUCUGAGGUAAUCACUCUACAAGACCAGCUAAAACAGGCUGAGGAGAGAGCAUGCAAGGUCCAGAGAGAGUGUGAGGGGUUAAAAGGAGAACUUCUCGAGCUGCAAGGACUUUAUGAGAGCAGUCAGAAGGAAAGGGCUGAGCUAGAGGCGGAGCUACAGCGCUGUAGGGCGGAGCUUGAUAGGCUGGCAGGAAGGAAGGCCCAGAACUCCUGUCCUCCAUCUGAGUCCCCUGUUCUCUCCAUACCCUUCAUAGGAAUGGUUGUAAUAAUGGCGCUGAUAUGGUGCUGCUGGACGGAGCUCUUGUCCUAAAGAGGGAAAGGAGCGAGAGGGAGACUGGAACCUCGUUAUGCUGGUUGCCGUGGCAGCAGCAGCCAUUUUGCUCGUACCCAGUUUGACCCGAGCG